AAUUGCCCGGGUUAUGCAUUUUAAACAAUCAACCAUACAAAGUGACCUUUUACCUAAAUAUUUGUAUGCUCAGAUGUUAUAACAAAAUAAUUGGUUGUUGCUAUUUGUUUCCAUUAAAUGAUUAUUUCCUCUAACUGUUUUCACUGUUAAUAUUUUAAUAUUCAACUAUUUGAAAAACUAUUUAGAUAAUUAAAAUGUUAAGAUACAGAGGAAAGAAAUUAGCACUUAAUAUUGUAAAAGAAUUGGAUUCAUUUCCUAAGGUUCAAGAAGAAAUUUAUGAACCAUCUACUUAUAGUAAUGUUAUACUGACAGUUUUGAUUUCUGUGUUUGGAUUAUGGUUAUUGAUUUCUGAAAUACAGUACUUUUUACAAGAACAUUAUAUAUACAGAUUUGUACCAGACACGGACUAUGAAUCUAAACUUCCAAUUAACAUAGAUAUUACUGUUGCAUCAACUUGUGAUAGUAUAGGUGCUGAUAUUGUUGAUACAACAGGACAAAAUAUGAUGUUAUUUGGAGAAUUAAAAACUGAUGAUACUUGGUGGGAAAUGACAAAAGAACAGCAACAACAUUUUGAAAAAAUGCGUAAAUUCAAUGCAUAUUUAAGAGAAGAAUAUCAUUCAAUGAAAGACAUAUUAUGGAUGUUUGAUGAUUAUAAUACAUUAAAAAAUAAAAUAUUUGUUAGGACAGACAAACCAAACACUUUACCUGAUGCAUGUCGCAUACAUGGGUCAUUAAUUCUGAAUAAAGUGAUAGGAAAUUUCCACAUAACUCCUGGGAAAUCUCUAAUAGUACCAGGUGGUCAUGUGCAUCUUACUGGUCCAUUUUUUGGAUCAGAGGCUACUAACUUUUCUCAUCGAAUCAAUCAAUUUUCAUUUGGUGUUCCGACAAAAGGGAUAAUAUAUCCAUUAGAAGGAGAACUGUAUGAAACAAAUGAAAAUGCUGUAUCCUAUAAAUAUUUUAUAGAUGUGGUAGCUACAGAUGUUAAAUCACGUUCAAAUGAAAUAAAAACUUAUCAAUAUUCAGCAAAAGAUAUACAAAGAAAAAUUGAUCAUAAUACUGGUUAGUACAAUUAGUAGGGCCCCAGAAUUUCAUG